AUGAGGUACACCAUUGGAUUUGCCUUAUUGGCUCUUUUUGCCGUUUCGGGUGAGUUUUUUUGAGGGAUUCGAAAAGGGAGAACCUGUUACUUGAAACAGAUGAUGAUGAUAAUAAAUAAGUGUGAGAUGUAUCAUCUUUUAAAGAUAGAAUGACCGUUGAUCUUUUUGAGAAAACUAGAAAAGUUCUAUUCACCGAAUAUGAAAAAUGUGUAAUAUUUAGAAUGAAGGAUGGAGUAUUCGAAACUGACAUCAUUUAUUUAAAUUAAAACUGAAAUUAUAGUAGGGAAACUGAGAGCUUCGUGCUAUGAAUGAAAAAAAGAAGAACUCUAUUUUUUUAUAGAAAAGUUUAGUAACCCUUCUCCGAGCCAAAAUUAUCCGGUUUGCACCAUUUUUAGUUUCAGGAUCACCUUUUGAAUCUUGAAACUCGCUGAAAAGAAAUUUCAAUUCUCGAGUAUGAUUAAAAAUUUGAAAAUCUGGUACACUUCACCCUUGUCAUAUAUAAAUUUCAAAAAUUCUCGAGAAUAUGGGUUUUAACCGUUUUUAUGUUAUGAUUCCUCCCGAAAAAUCAAUUUUUUGCAGCAUUCGCCGAAGAUGCAAUCGACGAACCAUCAAAAGUCGCCGAUGAAGAAUCAACGUAAGUUUUUCCUCAUAUUCAUUAUAUUUACUCAAACUAGUCAAUGAACCGUGCCAGGUCGCACCGGACAGACAAAGAUCUCUCUUUUCUUUUUCUUCUUAAAUACCAGUACAGCAAAAAAUGCCCACCUCUCAAAAAACUGUGCAAACAAACGGACUUCUUAGAGGUCAAACCGAGUUUUGUCUCUUUUCCCAUUCCUUUGGUAUUUAUUCAUAAGACAAAUAUUUGCCAUGAUUAAAGGACUUCCUGCCUUAGUCGUUUUUAAAUACUGUUUAAGUAAGAUCAAUUAGAUCUUUUUUUUUGCUUUUUGGGUAAAUAAGGAUCAAUAUGUGUCAAGGUCGAUUAGGGAAAAAUAAGAGAUGGAGAUAAGUAAAGUUUUGCUUCUAAAAUGAGAAAUGCAAUUUUUGUGAGGCUUCCGAGGAUUAAAUAUUAUAACGGAAAGAUGUAUAAUUCUGGAUUUAUGAGAGAGGAUUACGAUUUAGAGCCUCGGAACAUAAUAUUAAAUAAAAGUGUAUCAUUUAAUUAAAAUUUAAUUUUUCAGUGAUUCUGACUCGAUCAAACUCGAUGGUCUCUCAGUUUCUCAAAUCAAGGAUCUCCGCGCAAAAGCUGAAAAACACGAAUUCCAAGCUGAAGUCAAUCGAAUGAUGAAAUUGAUUAUCAAUUCGCUCUACAGAAAUAAGGAGAUUUUCCUCAGAGAAUUGAUUUCAAAUGCUUCUGAUGCUCUUGACAAAAUUCGUUUGUUGUCAUUGACAGAUCCAGAACAAUUGAGAGAAACUGAAGAAAUGUCAAUUAAAAUCAAGGCUGAUAGAGAAAAUCGUCUUCUUCAUAUCACUGAUACCGGAGUUGGUAUGACAAGACAAGAUUUGAUCAACAAUCUUGGAACUAUUGCCAGAUCUGGAACUUCUGAAUUCUUAUCAAAACUUAUGGAUUCAGCCACUUCUUCUGAUCAACAAUCUGAUCUUAUUGGACAAUUCGGAGUUGGUUUUUAUGCUGCUUUCUUGGUUGCUGAUCGUGUUGUUGUUACCACUAAAAAUAAUGAUGAUGAUCAAUAUAUCUGGGAAUCUGAUUCAGCCAGUUUCACUAUUAUCAAAGAUCCAAGAGGAAACACAUUGAAACGAGGAACACAAAUCACACUUUAUUUGAAAGAAGAAGCUGCUGAUUUCCUUGAGCCAGAUACUUUGAAGAACUUGGUCCACAAAUAUUCGCAAUUCAUCAACUUCAACAUUGCACUUUGGCAAUCUACAACUGAAAUGGUUGAAGAAGCUGUCGAAGAAGAAGUUGCACCAACUGAAGAUGGAGCUGUUGAAGAAGAAAAAGAGGAAAAGAAAACCAAAAAGGUUGAAAAAACCACUUGGGAUUGGGCAAAGGUUAACAAUAUCAAACCAAUUUGGAUGAGAAAACCAAGUCAAGUUGAAGACGAAGAAUAUAACGAGUUCUACAAAUCGAUUAGUAAGGAAACUGAAAAUCCAUUGGGACAUGUUCAUUUCAAUGCCGAAGGAGAAGUCUCAUUCAGAUCGAUUUUGUAUGUACCAAAGAAAUCACCAAAUGAUAUGUUCCAGGUAAGAAAUGAUUUUUGGAAGAUAAUUGAUGUUUAAAAAAACCUAAAAUUUCAGAACUACGGAAAAAUCGUUGAAAACAUCAAACUCUAUGUUCGUCGUGUUUUCAUCACUGAUGAUUUCGCUGAUAUGCUUCCAAAAUAUCUUUCAUUCAUCCGAGGAAUCGUCGAUUCUGAUGAUCUUCCAUUGAAUGUUUCCCGUGAAAACUUGCAACAACACAAAUUGCUCAAAGUUAUCAAGAAAAAACUUGUUCGUAAAGUUUUGGAUAUGCUCAAAAAGUUGGACGGAGCCCAAUUUGACGAAUUCUGGAAGGAGUUCAGCACAAACAUCAAAUUGGGAGUUAUGGAAGAUCCAAGUAACAGAAUGAGAUUGGCUAAACUUUUGAGGUAAGGAAGUUAUUUGAGAAAAUUAUAAGUUUCUGAAUUUUCACUCGAAAUAAGACGGGGAAAUUAGACACUAACUAUUUAUAAAGAAGUAAAAAAAUUUGUAAAACCAUAACUUGAUUUUGUUUCAGAUUCUACUCAUCGAACGACAAAGAAAAACAAACAACUCUUGCCGCUUAUGUCGAAAGAAUGAAGGAAAAACAAGACGCUAUCUUCUAUAUUGCUGGUUCUUCAAGACAAGAAGUUGAAACUUCACCAUUUGUUGAGAGACUUCUCGAAAAUGGAUAUGAAGUAUUAUAUUUGACUGAAGCUGUUGAUGAAUAUUGUUUCCAAUCAAUGCCAGAAUUUGACGGAAAGAAAUUCCAAAAUGUUGCUAAAGAAGGAUUGAACAUUGAUGAUGGAGAAAAAGCAAAAGAAGGAAGAGCUGCAUUGGAAACUGAAUAUAAACCAUUGACUGAUUGGUUGAAAGAAACUGCAUUGAAGGAUUUGAUUGAGAAAGCUGCUGUUUCCGAAAGAUUGGUUAAAUCACCAUCAGCUCUUGUUUCAACUUCUUAUGGAUGGAGUGGAAAUAUGGAAAGAAUUGUUAAAUCACAAGCUUAUGCUAAAGCUGGAGAUGCUACUUCUGAUUUCUACGCUAAACAAAAGAAGACCUUCGAAAUCAAUACUAGACAUCCAGUCGUCAAAGAGCUUUUGAGACGUGUUCAAGCUGAUCCAGAAGAUCAAACCGCUGUUAGCACAGCUAAACUUUUGUUCGAAACUGCCACUCUUCGAUCUGGUUAUACUCUUCAAGACCAAGUUGGAUUCGCUGAACGAAUUGAAGCUGUUCUUCGAUCAAACUUAGAUGUUGCUCAAGAUGCUCAAGUUGACUCUGCUCCACUUUAUCAACCGGAAGAAGCUUCGGAAGAAGUUGAAUCAACUCCGGAAGAAACUGUUGUUGAAGAGGAACAUUCAGAACUUUAA